GACACCAGAGAAUAGAGACUUCAAAAUCAGCACAAGGUAUUGCAAGAAAAAAUGUACUUCUUCAGGGUACUAACAAGGAAAAGACUUUUUUCCUCUGCCUCAGCAGAAAGGCGGAAGAAAGAGGAGGAUUGUUAUUUAAAGAAUGGAGGUGCAGUGCUAGAAGAGCUUCUUGCUUUAUGCGAUGGAAAUUGCAGAAUUCCCAUCCGUUAUUUCACUGCCACUGAGAUCGAGAGGGCAAUAAAACACUCUAAAAGCAAAAUGGAGCUCUCCCAUGUGUCUAUGGUUACAGGCUCACUGGACAACCGCUCCAUUUUAGUUAGGUUCAGUAGAUGUCAAUUCACCAAUAUCCACCGAGAUAUAGCAAUUACUGCUCAGAUGAGUCAUCUCAAGAAUGUGCUGAGACUUGUUGGUUGCUGUCUAGAAUUUGAAGAACCAGUUAUGGUGUACGAAUAUGUUGAGGCUAUAACUCUCAGCGAUCUACUUUUCAGAGAGGGUGAUCAUAAGACCAAAAGAUCAUUAUCUUGGGGAAAGAGAUUGCGAAUUGCCAAUGAGGUCGCUUCUACAGUUGUUUUUCUCCAUACAGAAUUUACUACACCCAUCAUCCACAGAGAUAUAAAGCCUCACAAAGUGAUGAUAGAUCAGAACAGCGGCAUUGCCAAAAUAAUAGACUUCUCCUUGUCUAUGUCAUUACCUCCAGGGGAAUUGGAGGUACAAGAUGCUGUACUGUGCGGAACAUUUUGGUAUUUAGAUCCAGAAUAUGCCUCCCUGGGUAUUGUUACUCAAAAAACUGAUGUCUACAGCUUCGGAGUUCUUUUCUUUCAGUUAUUAACCGGAAAGGAAUCUCUUGAUAGUAUGCAAUCCAAUACUGAAGAAGGUAAUGUUAUGGAUAGAGUGGAUUCUAGAAUUUAUGAAGAAACAACAGAUUUUAAAGAUCCAAAUCCACCAACCAUGGUUGAGCUCUACAUUAAAGAGAGUAGUGCAAUAGAUAUAGCAGACUCUACCUUUUUGGAACAGCACGGUAUUGAGAUUCGACAACAAUUGGAAGACUACUUGGAUCUUGUAAAGAAAUGCACAACGUAUAAAGGAGAAAACAGACCAUAUAUGAUUCAUGUUGCUAAGGAAUUACGCCGAAUUGAGAACUGCUACCGUGCCCUCACUAUUGAUCAAAAUUAAAUAUUUGUUUUAAUACAUGAGGUGUAAAAUGAAGUUUGUUUAUACCAUCAUAUUUAUGUUGAACGAUAGUCAAUAGAUGAGAUCUGCAGACAAUGAAAUUGCCCAUUUAGUUUUUAGGACCUGGGAAAAAGUUACUACUAAAUGCUAGAACCGACUUUUGUGCUCUAUUUGGACUGAAUCUAAGUGUAUUGUGUUUCAAUUAUCACACAUUUUGCUGCUGAUAUUAUUUCUUUCUUGUAAGCUCUACACUACUUUUCAUAUCACUGUUAUACUUUCUUCAUUGUUUUCUUCUUUUUUACUUGAGUUUAAUGCACUUGAGCCGAAGGUCUUUCACAAACAGCCUCUCUACUUCAGUUCCACGAGGUAACGGUAAGGCCUGCAUACACUCUACUCUCUCCAGCCCCCACUUAGUGGGACUUCACCGGGUAUGUUGUUGUUGUUGGAUUGAAUCUAAUUGAUCUUAGUGUUUGAAUACUAAAAUAAAGUGAGACCAUGUUAGUUUUGUAACUUACAUCCAAUUACCUUUUAGUAGUUUCAGACUAUGCCACUGCUUAUAUUUACACUUGAUUUUUACCUUUUUCCUUGUUAAUCAGGCAUAAAACAUUUCAGUGCUUACGAAACCAAGUAUCUAAAUUCUUCAAGCACAAGAUACAGGUUGUUGUUUUUUGAGGAAGGUAAAAUCAACCACAGGAUACAUGUUCCUUGUUCGACCCAUUAAAACAAAAUGUAAGAUGGGAUUGUAACUUUUCAGCUCAUGCUAAAGGUCCUCUCUACUAGGAAAACAGACAGAUUCUCUGAUUUUAACAUAUUGAUAGUUCUUGUAUAGUAAAGCUGGAGAAUUUAUCAUGAGCUAGGCCAGGUUCACAUAGUUUUUUUUUUGCUAAGAGGCUCACGUAGUUAUAAUUGUGAGUUUGCAAUGACUACUCGGAAGCCACAACUCUAAUCCCAGAGUUUAUGCAGCUACUAUAUAGAUGGUUAUUACUACUGGGAAGGCACAUAAUUAAACAGCAUCUUUUAGGCAUCACAAAAUUUAACACAAAAGCAGUGUGAAUUUCUCUUGAUUCCUAGGAGAAACUACUUUGUUAUCACACGCAUACAAUAUCAAGUUAGUUCAAGAGAAGGGAGAUUAGUGACUUGUCUAUAACACCAGUUUGCUGAUGCUGCAAACCCUCCAAAGGUUUUUGAAUCAAAAUUGACUCUAUAGAGAAAGGAGAAGGGGCUGUAACAAUAGAUAUAUGUAGAUGAUAAACUUUUUGCGAAUCCACUGAAACGAGCUAAGGAAAUUGCCUUCUUCCACUGGAAACAAACCAUUUCAGUCUCUGGAAUAAUUAGAGUAAGCUUUCGGGAUAAUUUCCUCGUUUUAGCUGGAGACAAGACAAGCCAUGGAGCCAAUUCUCAAAUGAUCUAAAUUACUAAUAGCCUAUUCAUCCAGAUAAGCAUUAGGUAUAAAAAGAGGAAGUUAUGCUUAUUACAGGUCCACGAAACUUGCUUUCACUAAGAAGCAAAAGAGGAAACUUCACAUGGCAUAAGGUGAAAGACAAAAAACUUAAGAGAGAUAACACCAGGAACUAGAACUACAUAUUGAACCACAACAAUUUAGAACCUUAGAUUGACUUGUGUGUGACUACCAAGUAAAUUAGUGGAAGACAAGAGGCACAAGAUUUUCAACUUAGCUCCUGGGAUACGCGAUAAAAAUCACCUUUAAAGGAUCAACCAAUCCACGACGUGCGUCAUGUAUGCUCAUCAUUAUUAGGCAAACUUUGCAAGCUCAUAUCAAAUGCGAUAAAAUUUCAUGUCAUACAAACUCCUGAAUCAAAAUCUUCAUAAUUUAAUUGGCUCCAAGAAUAAAAUGAUCUCUUUUGAGGAACCGUUCCCAAGUUCCUGUAGGGCUAAGUUGUAACUUUGAGGGUCUUCAUUUCAAAACCACAUUCUUUCUUGGGACAAUUUAAGGAAGGUGAAGGAGGUGGGUGAAUGUAUCUCCUUGCAUAAAACCAGAUAUUAAUCGAACACUCAAACCUUAAUAACAUAAAGAUCUAGCAAAGGCAAGCUCUUCAGUUCUCAUAAAACUACAAGGUGUCAGUAGGUGGUAAACUGUAAACAUAUUUCAAAAAUGAUUUACCCAUAGGCAUAACAAAACUUUAUUUAGAUACACUUUUAGGGCAACUGAUUCUUUUAUCCAAAUCAUAAAGCAGCCAUCAUAACACAGCCUAUGCCCCUUUUUUUGUUAAAAAAAAUGAUAAGUACAUAAUACAGCCUAUGUCGCAAAGCAAAGCCGGUCUCAUGCCCGGAUUAAAGAGAAACAAUGCUAAGUUGACAGUCAGCAUAAAAACAAUCUAAUUAUAAUGAAUCAAUGAUGCAGCUUGAUAUUUAAGCGGAGAAGGAAAGAGCGGCACACCCCUUAUCCCGAAUUUCCAAGGGUGGGACUGGUCCUAAAGUUGGUCCAGACAGAUUUCUCGGUCAUCAAACAAAAAGCAAACUUAUUAUAAUAAAAUUGUGAUAAUCCUCCAGACAUAUAGUCAACCCAACUAUUUUUGAAUUCAAAUGUAGUUUAUCCAUCGAUUUAUACUGAAAAAGGCAUAAACAAAACACAAAGACAACUUUAAAGGUGCUGAAUUUUUCACCAAGUCAUACAACAAACACCAUAUUUAUUAUGCAAUAAUCUUUUUUCAGCAAGCAUAAAGUACAGAACUUUAAAAA